AGCACCUUGCGCCACCUGAUAGCUAACCAAGUUCAAGCGGCAUCGCGGUUUUGUGGUGACAUGAUUUUCAUGAUUUUCCACUAUUUGUUGGCACCGUCUGUCAGUUGGAAUCGCAACGUUCAGCAUGCCUCAUCUACUGCGUCAAAAUCUGCUUUUGCCCGCAUCACCCACUGUCACCCUCUACGAUCCACGUACACACCUACGUCACCUGCCACCUGCCUACAACACCGCCCAGACACCUUACAGCCGGGACAAGGAUUUUGCGCCACAAUUGCGCUAUCAUCUGGAGUUACCCCGCAAAUCCAAGCUGCGACCCUGCAAAAUCAUCUUCGUGGGUGACUGUGCCGUGGGUAAAACGGCCAUAGUGAAUCGCUUUUGCUAUGACAAGUUCCAAUCCAACUAUAAAGCCACCAUUGGCGUAGACUUUGAGCUGGAAAACUUUAACAUACUCGGACACAAUUUUAGCCUAGAGAUGUGGGACACGGCGGGUCAGGAGCGUUUUAAGUGUAUAGCGGGAGCCUAUUAUCGCAAUGCAAAUGUCAUUGUUGCCACUUAUGACAUGUCUAAGCGGGAGAGCCUCAACUCUGCCAAGAGAUGGCUAGCUAAUGCCCUCAACUACAACACGGGACAGCAGCCGCUGAUAUUUUUGGUGGGCACAAAAUCUGAUCUGCUGACAAAGGAAGAGUUCAUGAGCAUGGAACGUGUAGCGGGAGGGGCAGCCAGCGAGUUGCAAGCCGAAUAUUGGUCUGUUUCAGCACGUUCUGGAUACAAAAUCACAGAGUUCUUUCAACGUUUGGCUGCGCUUGCUUUCCAAACAAACGUGCUACAACAAUUGAAAGCUUUAAACGCAACAACAACGCAACAACCAGUGCAAGCAACAGACAAAUCUCAAACAUUUGAUUUACGCAGGUACUUUAGCGGCGCCUCUCGCAAACAAAAAAGUGGUUGUGCUUGUUGAUUGUGCUAAAGUUUACAUAUUAUUCUUAUUUUUAAUUAACUCCAUAUUCAAUUGUAUUAUCUGCGCUCCAUUAAAACACAUAUUUUAAAAAUAAAUCGAAACAGUGCUGCCAAAUUGUAUUAUGCUUAGCGUUGCCAUAUCUACCACACUAAGAAGUCUACAAACUAAAAUUUGAAUAAAAUCUGGUUUAAUUUUGAAAAGUCCGCGAAUUAUCUCAAGUUAUUAGAUGGAAUAUUUUUAAAUAAUAAGAAUAUGUAGCUUUUCAUUUUCUAUAUAAUUCCUAUAAUAUAAUUUAUAUCGCAGCAGCACAUGAUUAUUUUUUCACCUAGUUAAAAUUUUAUAUUUAUAGAAACACAAAAAAAGCAAAGCUUACAUAUUUUUAUGUUUACUAAAUAUAUGUAUGUACAUAUAAUUGUAAUAUUUAAAAAACAGUGUUGUCACAUUUAUUACUCAGCGUUGCCACCAUUACAAAUUGACACAUUAUUGCCACUGCGCGCUGAAUGGUGUUGCCAUUAACACAAAAAUCUGGCAGCGCUGCUGUCAAAAUCUGCUUCCGCUCAUCUGACAAUGCCCAUUAUUUCUCCUUUUCAUUUCUUUUUCUCGUAGAAAUGCCACCUAAAAAGCCAACCGAGAAAUCCGCGAAGCCAGCUGGCGAUAAGAAGCCAGAGCAGAAGAAGGCUGCCGCGGCAGCCCCAGCUGCUGCCAAGAAGGAGGCACCAGCUGCAGCUAAGCCUGCAGCUGCUCCCGCCAAGAAG